GAUGUAGUACGAGGGGAAAGCUACUUGAGACUGAGACCAGACAGAGUUGCUAUGCAAGAUGCUACAGCGCAGAUGGCCAUGCUGCAGUUCAUCAGUAGUGGACUGAAGAAAGUAGCCGUGCCUUCCACUAUUCACUGUGAUCAUCUGAUUGAGGCCCAGCUGGGGGGAGACAAAGAUCUGACUAGAGCUAAGGAUGUGAAUAAAGAGGUGUACAACUUCCUAGCUACAGCAGGCUCCAAAUAUGGAGUAGGAUUUUGGAAACCAGGCAGUGGAAUCAUACACCAGAUCAUCCUGGAAAAUUAUGCCUACCCAGGACUUCUAAUCAUCGGAACUGAUAGUCACACACCAAAUGGGGGUGGAUUGGGUGGUCUGUGUAUAGGCGUGGGUGGAGCCGACGCAGUCGACGUGAUGGCGGAUAUUCCGUGGGAACUGAAAUGCCCGAAGGUGAUAGGAGUGAAGCUGACCGGUACUAUCAGUGGCUGGACGUCACCCAAGGACAUCAUCCUCAAGGUCGCCGGCAUUCUCACCGUGAAGGGAGGAACCGGAGCCAUCGUGGAAUACUUCGGACCCGGCGUAGACUCGAUCUCCUGCACAGGCAUGGGUACGAUCUGCAACAUGGGAGCGGAGAUCGGAGCGACGACGUCCGUGUUUCCGUUCAACCACCGCAUGCACAGCUACCUGGCGGCGACCGGUCGCUCGGAUGUCGCGCAGGCCGCCGACGACAACAAGGACCUUCUGCAAUCCGACGACGGAGCGCAGUACGACCAGGUCAUCGAGAUCGACCUGAGCACGCUGGAGCCCCAUGUCAAUGGUCCGUUCACGCCCGACCUUGCUCACCCCAUCUCCAGCCUCGGCGCAACAGCAGUCAAGCAAGGCUGGCCGACUGAGAUUAAAGUUGGUUUGAUCGGCAGCUGCACGAACAGUAGCUACGAGGACAUGACGCGCGCGGCGGCCAUCGCCAAGCAGGCGAUGAGUCACGGCAUCAAGGCGAAGAGCUUGUUCACGAUCACGCCCGGCUCGGAGCAGAUCCGAGCGACCAUCGAGAGAGACGGCAUCGCUAAGACCUUGGGUGACUUUGGAGGCAUGGUGCUGGCUAAUGCUUGUGGUCCCUGCAUCGGACAGUGGGAUAGGCAGGAUGUCAAGAAAGGGGAGAAGAACACUAUUGUGACAUCCUACAAUCGUAACUUCGUGGGUCGUAACGACGCUAACCCGGCAACGCACGCGUUCGUCACGUCGCCGGAGCUCGUCACGGCCCUCGUCAUCGCCGGCGACCUUUGCUUCAACCCUGAGAAGGACGAGCUGACCGGCAGCGACGGACAGAGAGAAGCACGUCCUCUCAGAAGCGGAUUCGAUCCAGGUCAGGAUACGUACCAGGCACCACCAGGGGACGGCAGCAGUCUGUCAGUCGACGUUGAUCCAAAAAGCCAAAGACUUCAGUUGUUAGCUCCAUUUAAAAAGUUUGACGGAAAGGACCUUACUGACAUGCCGAUACUCAUAAAGGCGAAAGGUAAAUGCACUACGGAUCACAUCAGUGCAGCUGGGCCUUGGCUGAAGUACAGAGGUCAUCUGGACAACAUCUCCAACAACUGCCUUAUUGGUGCUAUCAAUAUUGAGAAUGAAGAAGCAAACAAGGUGAAGAACCAGCUGACAGGACAGUGGGGAGCUGUGCCUGAGACCGCGAGACAUUAUAAGGCGGAGAACGUGAUGUGGUGUGUGAUCGGUGAUGAGAACUACGGUGAGGGAAGCAGCAGGGAGCAUGCCGCACUCGAGCCUCGCCACCUCGGGGGCCGUGCCAUCAUCGUGAAAAGCUUCGCCCGAAUUCACGAGACAAAUUUGAAGAAGCAAGGCAUGCUUCCACUGACCUUUAACAAUGCAGCAGACUAUGACAAGGCGCAGCCCUCUGACAGGGUCUCUCUGCUCGGCCUGAAUGAUCUUACUACCGGAAAGCCUCUCACGGCCGUGUUGAAGCAUGCUGAUGGCAGCGAAGAUAGCAUUCAGCUCAACCACUCCUUCAACGACCACCAGAUUGGUUGGUUCCGUGCUGGCAGUGCCCUCAAUCGCAUGGCCGAGGUCAAGAAAUAAGCAAGCAUCCAUUCAUCGACAGCAGGAUUGUUCUCCUCUCGUUAUGAACUUGUCUAAAGACGGAUUAGUUUUGCCUCGGUUUGUUAGUUGCCUUGUGUUUAGUGUUGGGGCAAGUUUGACCAACAAAUAGUUGUGAGGGGGGUCGUGCCUUUUCCUGUGGUGGCGAGUCGCGUUGUAUUUCGGGUAACUGCACUCUGGGGUUUUCACUCAGCGAAGUGUUGGCGGGAUUCUUUGAAAUUUGCUGUCUGUAUUCAUAAUCAGAAGUUCAUCUUACGGUAACUGGGUAUCAUUAGCAAGUGGCAAACAUGAAACCUAUGCUUCUGCCUUACUGCACAUUUCCUGCACUUGCACAUAUCAAACUGUAUUAGUUUCAGUAGGCGAUAAAGAUAGCGUAUGGAUAACAUAAUAAUUUAAGAGGAAAACUAGGUUUCUGUAAUGCUCUGGUAAUGCAGUACGGGAUCGAUCAUAAAUGAAUGUUAGUUUUCUGUAGAUAAGCAGCAUAGUUGAAUAUAAUUUCAGAAGGUGCUGUGUCCUCACAUUCAGUUGUCUAACUUGUACUGUAAAAUUUUACAAGUAAAUUUUUUGCAUGAUGUACAGUAGAUAUAUAUUCAUGCAGCUUGUAUGUGUAUGGUUUAAACGACCACUUGUUUUCUGUUGAUAUUAAACUAUAUAGAUAUAC